CCAGAGUUGCCUUUGGAUGAAACAGAUCUUCAGACUAUAUUAACAAAACUAUACAGCAAGGUUGAUAUGACUUUCUGUCCUACAAGCAACCAAAUAAAUGUGUGCAGGGACAGGAUUUUAGAAUGUAGCCUGCAUGCCUUCAGAAGACGCCGUUUUGAUCCAGCAGCAAAACUGGAUGUUGUUUUUGUGGAUGAAGAGGACAACGCUGAAGGGGCAGUUGAUGAAGGUGGUCCCACACGAGAGUAUCUAAGACUGUUAAUGAGGGCCAUUCAUCAAUCGAAUAUCUUUGAGGGGCAUGACAAUGACCGCCAUCUAGCUUUGGACACUAGUGCGCUGGAGUUAAAAAUGUACAACUGUAUCGGAAAAAUGAUAUCAGUCUGUUUGGUGCAUGGAGGCAUUGGACCACAUUUCUUCUCUCAGAGGCUGUAUGACCACAUUUGUGGCACAUUGUCUAAACCUACCCUGGUUGAGGAAGUUGUUAACCAUUCAUUCAGACAGCAGUUGAUCAAAAUUCAGGAUGCAAACACAGUCGUGGAAGCAAACGAGGCCAUCAUGCUGGCUGCAGAUACCCUGAGCAUUGUUGGAGCAUUAAGGCGUGUAACUACGCUGGAAGAGAGGGACUCCCUUGUGCAAUCUGCUGCAGACUUCUUUGUAAAUGGCAGAGUGUGCACUGCAUUGCAACAGUUUGUGGAAGGUUUGGAGACUCUUAAUGUGCUAGACGAAAUUCAGAAAAACCCUGCUGUCUUUCAUGAAUUAUUUGUCUGUGAGGAGAAACCACUCUUGGCACGGGACCUGUACACACUUUUCCAAGUGUGUUUUUCUGUGCAAGGCAGCAAUAAAAGGAGGAUAGAAAAUCAAACCAUAUGCUACUGGAGAGACUGGUUGGUGGAUAUUGAAGAAGGAGAAUGCAGUCCCAUUACCCUUGAAAUGAUACUGGAGUUCGCUUCUGGAGCAUCCAAGGUACCUCCACUGGGCUUUCCCCAUCGUCCACAAAUUGAAUUCCUCCAUGAGGCUAACAAAGUCUUCCCAGAAGCAAAUACUUGCCUUAUAGUACUCCGCCUUCCUGUACACCCAGACUAUGAGUCUUUCACAAAGUACAUGACAGAUGGGGUGCUGCAGGCACCUACCUUUGGUGUUGCAUAAUCAGCAGUUCUUUAAAAAAAGAGUUGGAAUGUUUUGAAAAGUUAAGUGUUUUAAAGCAAAUUAUAAUAUGGUUAAUGUAAUGGCCAAACUUGGAAAAUAUUGAACUGUAAAUACAAUAUUUUUUUUUUGUUGCUGUUGCAAAGAAUAGAUGUCUUAUUUAACACGUUUUUAAAAACAAAAUCAAAUUCUAAAGAAGCUCCAAGGGUCAAAAAGAUGCAUUUGAAAUGGGGGUUGGGAGAUACUAUUUAUUUCUACAUGAACAUUUUCCAAAGUAGAAUUUUUUUAUUGUUCUUUCCCUCUCCAGAAUGUAUAUUUAAUUUGUCAUGUCUUUAAACACCUUAACAUUUUAUAAUUAA